GCUCUAUUGUUUGUUUCUUCGUGGUUAUGAUUAAUGACAUAACAUAACUCGUACCGGCCAAUUAUAGAUAAGAGUGUUCGAUUAGUAGAAUAAUAAAAAAAUUAAUACUAAUUUUUAUUCACUAAAAUUUAUUAAUUUGUAUACAGACAAAAGAUUAGUUUAUGAAGAUAUUUUAGUGACGCUAGUAGUAUGACGCUUUUGAGGGCGUUCGCAUUUCCAUUGUCGUUCUAAUUUAGUAGGUAUAGAAUAAAAAAAAACAAGUAUUAUUUAGAAUGGUAUUUAUUUAUCACACUGGAAUUGCAUUAUACAUAUUGAUAUUAUUGUACGGCCAAAAUGCCUUGGCUAUCAACUCGUUGUUGGCUGAACCAUCUUGUGCCGAUGACUUAAAGUUAAGGUGCUCGAACACUGGUGGCGUUGCUGUGUCAGAACUCGAUAUCUUGGAGUGCAUUCAACUCUAUGAGGAUUCAGAAUUUACAGGCAGUUGUCCACAGGCGAUAUGGGUUCACUUAAAAAAGUUCAUGUUAAAAGAUAAUUUAAGAGCUAUUUUAAAACCAAAAUGCCGAUACGACAUUGAAAAGCUUAACUGUGAACGAGAUAAAAAUUGGUUUGGUUGCAUAGUUGAUAAGAAACAAAAUAUUAUUGGAAAUGAAGAGUGCUUGCAUUUGAUAUUACGCAUAGAAAAUAUAGCAUUUUCCGACUUUAGACUCAUUACUAAUUUUUCAAAUGUUUGCCAAGAUGAUAUAAAAAAAUACCAUUGUUUUAAUGCACCAACAAACACAUUAUAUCGUGGGCGUGUGCUGGAGUGUCUUCAAUCCAACAUAGACAAACUUUCUUCACAUCAGUGUCUUCCAUUGGUUUAUAAACUAUCUGAAUGGCAAGCAGAUAAUAUAAAAUUUGAUCAUUCUUUACAUUUGGCUUGCUUAAAAGAUAAGGAAAAGUUGUGUGCUGAUUUACCAGCAGGAAAUGGUCUUGUUUACAAUUGCCUUUCAAGGCAUAUUGGUAGUGGACAAAUGUCGCAAUCGUGCCAAACUCAACUAUGGAGAAGAGAAAAACUAAUAGCUGGUAAUAUAAGAGUAAGCAAAGGAUUAACAAGAGCAUGCCGGGAAGAUAUUCGUACUUAUCAUUGUCGAAGACUUGUAUCUGAUGAUAAAGAUGUUCGAUUAGCACAACUUCUAUUAUGCUUGGAAAAUGCAAUUCAUAAUGGAAGUAAAGUAUCAUCUGAUUGCCAAUUUGAAUUAAUGGAACAUCGUAAACUAUUACUUCAAAAUUACCAGUUAUCACCUGAAGUAGUGUCAAUGUGUUCAAACGAUAUCGAAAACUAUUGUCAAAGGAAUGAGAUUGGCCGACAGACUAUUCAUUGUUUAAUGGAACAUUCUAAUCCUUCUCGUCAAAAAAACCGUAUAGGAAAAUCUUGUCAAAAAGCUUUACAGAAGUUAAUGCGCAUCACAAAUAUUGGCGAAGAUUGGAGAGUUGACCCUGUUCUACAAGAAAAAUGUCAGUCUGAAGUUGAUAAGUACUGCUCGGAUAUACCACCUGGUUAUAAUAGGGUAAUGACAUGUUUGUUGGAAAAGUUAUAUGUGGGAUCAGUGCAGGAUGAAUGUAAAAAUGCAUUGAUGCAAGUUCAAUACUUCAUUAACCGUGAUUAUUCAUUGGAUCCAGCGUUAUAUCAAGCCUGUUUUUCUGACGCAUCACGAAUUUGUAAAGUUACAAGUGAUUGGUUAAAAGAACAAAAAGAGAGCACAUACAUUCUACCAUGUCUUGUUCAGUACUAUCGACCAUUUAUAUUAUCAUCAACUGGAGCUAAAUAUAAGCUGAAACCGAAAUGUAAAGAUCAAGUAAGAAAAGUAAUGGUUCAACGAGCUAUAAGUGUUGAUUUGAAUCCAGAAAUUGCCGAGGCAUGCAUUAAAGAUCUACCGAAUUUCUGUCAUGUUAAAACAGGGCCUGGAGAAGAAAUGCUUUGUCUACAGGAUAACUUAAAUAAUAAUCAAAUGUCAAAGGAUUGUAAAGAAUCAAUAAGUCGUUGGACUGAAGCACAAGCUGAAGACAUUCAAUUAAAUCCUAUUGUCAGAUUACAUUGCAAACCUUUUAUUCAAAAAUUUUGCCUUGGAGAGCUUUCUUCUAAGGAUGAUAGUACAAAAAACGAUGUAAUAGAUUGUUUAAUUAAAAACAAAAACGACCCAGAAAUGAAAACUGAAGUGAAAUGUCGAGCUUCUGUAGAACAUUAUCAGUUGAUAUCAAUGAAUGAUUACCGUUUUACUUUAUCAUUUAAAGAAGCAUGUCGAUCAAAUGUUAUUCGUUUCUGUCCAAAAUCACGAACUAAACCAGAAGUAGUGGCAUGUUUAAGUGAAGUUGUUAGAAAUGAUACCAUAACGGAUUCUAAACACAAAGUCACCAAACCAUGUCGUCAACAAUUAAAAGCACAAUUGUUACAACAACGAGAAUAUAUUGAGUUAGAUCCUGUUUUAAAAUCAGCAUGCCAAGAUGACAUUUCAAAGCAUUGUUCUGGUCUAGAAUCAGGUUCAGCACAGAUUUUAGUCUGUCUUGAAAUGAACAAAAGUUUACUCUCAGAACAAUGUCAUCGAGUCAUUUUCCUAAUUCAGAGACAAGAUUUGACUGAUAGCUCAUCAGAUUAUGUAUUAUUGACCAAAUGUCAUAAAAUGCUUCAACUAUUUUGUAAAGGAGAAAAUACUUCAAAAGCAUUAAGCUGUUUGAAGAAAUUCAAACACGAUUCUACAUUUGAAAAGCCUUGUCAGUCUCUUGUAGUGCAACGUAUGAUUGAACAAAGCGAUGACUAUAGGCUAGACCCUGCUUUACAUCAUAGCUGUCAAGCAGAUAUCACAAAGUAUUGUAGCCAAAUUCUAGUUAAACAAAGACCUGAAUCUGAGUACAACGGAAGAGUUGUACAUUGUUUGAAGGAAAAAUUUCGACAAAGAAAACUAAAACCAGAAUGUGAAAAACAAGUAUCUGUCAUUCUUCGAGAAGAAGCUCUGAAUUAUAAAUUAAAUCCACUGUUGAAAAGUCUCUGCGUACAUGAGAUUCAACAUAUUUGUCGUAUAGAAGAAACAAAUGAAGUCAAUGGAGGUUUAGAAAAUUCUGGACAAGUUGAAGAAUGUCUAAAGAAAGCGUUAAACCGUGGAUUGAUUGAAAACCGUGCAUGUCGAUUAGAAGUAGCAGGUUUAAUAGAAGAAUCAAAAGCAGAUAUAAAUGUUGAUCCGUUGUUACAACGGGCUUGUCUUUUGGACAUUGCAAAAUUCUGUGAAGACAUUCCACAGGGUGCAGGAAGACAUUUGCAAUGUCUUCAAGCUGUCGCUCAGUCCAAAAGUAAUAAGCUACAAAUUAAAUGUCAAGAAAUGCUUCAGCAACGAAUGGAGAUGUUUAAAAAUGCUGACGCUGUGAUAUAUCCUGAAAGCUUGCAACAAUUGUACGGUCAAGUUAAGAAAUCUCCAUCAAAAAAAUACUUGAUUUUGACCUUGUUCACAUUUGUGGGACUGAUAUUUAUGGUCGGUCUGUUUUGUGGUCGUGUUAGCAGUCAUCGAAGCGCUAUCUCUAAAAAGAAAUAAUUGGUGUGUAAUUAUCAGCCAAAGCUGAAGAAUUAAAUUCGUAGCUGUUGAUCGAGUUAAUUUAUGGAGUUAAAUGUACCUACCUACCUUUAAUUUAUUUUUAUUUUUUAUUUAUCAACUAUGAUAUUAUGUGCAUAUUCACUACCUUUUUAAGUGUAUUAUUGUUAACUAUUAAGUGAGUAAUAAUUUUAAAGUAAACAUACAAAAUAUAAAUAUAAACAAAAACUGUGUAGUCUUUAUGUAUUAUUGAUUAUUUUUUUAUAUUCAUUUUUAACAGUUGACAAAUGUGUAUAAACUUGUAUUUAGCAAUUUAAACAAAUUUAAUGACUUCUUAGAUUGAUCUCUAUUUUUUUUUUACAAGCAUCGAAUAUAUUAUUAUAAACUAUUUAAAAUCUUUAUAAUUGGUUGCCUGUUUUAGUUAACAUAUUUUUUUUUACUUUUAUAACCAACUAUUUUGGUUACAACUUCUUGAUAUCGUUUUUAAUUCUCAUUACUUCUGCUUAAAAUUGAGAUACUUAUAAUUUUACUUAUGUUUUUAUAAAUAAAAAAUACUUUUUCAGAAGCUUCUAUAUCUAUGCUAUAGAUUCAAAUCGUUGUGUGUUUAAGUAAUUGAAAAAAUAGUCAUAAUGUAGUAUAUUUUGUGAAUUUCUUAGUAUCGAUAGCAUAUUAUGUACUUGUUUACUACUUAAGCGGCCUUACGAUUAAGAUUAUGUGUAUCAAUCCAUCCUUUUUUUUUAUGUCAUUACUUUAAAAAUAUUAAUAUCUAGAAAAUUCAAAUCUAAAAUACUUGUGUGAAAAUAUGAUUUUGAUUAUUUUAUAAAAUGUUUUUAAAAACUAUA